UGUACUCAUUCGUACGUGUACUGAGUAACUGUUCUUCUAAUUUAGCUAUGAUGCAAUAUAGUGUAUCUAUGUCCUCAAUGAGCAUAGUUGUAUUACUAUUCUCGACUCUCUAACCCUCGGCCUUCUGCUCACAUGUCGUUUCUACUAGCCAAGCCCCUUUGUUUUGUUCUCAUCUCGAACGUGAACAGGUAGCUAGAAGACGACUGAAUACUUCCAAAGGAUUAUGUUUCAAUCGAACCGGAUUUGGUUGGCGGAUCGCGUCCAACUUUUAGGUGACCUCACAAGGAGAUUCCACAGGUGACCUCACAAAGAGAUUCCACAGGUGACCUCACAAGGAGAUUCCACUGCUCUGGUGACAGGAAGAAGAUCUGGUGUUAUGACAACUCCAGAUAUGAGUUCUCAAUUUGUUUCUUAACACGUAUUUUUCUUUGAACUGCAUUGUUGGUUAAGGGCUUGUAAGUAAGCAUUUCACUGUAAGGUUUACACAUGUUGUAUUUGGCGCAUGUGAAAAACAACAUUUGAUUUGACACAGGAGAGAGACACCUCACACUUGUUGCAGCUCCAUUCAAUAACCAGUUGUUAUUGCUACUUUUACCAAGAAACAUUCAAACUCUGCUGGGACAAAAUGAAUCGAGAGGAGGGAGUGUUGAUGGAUGAAAUUGAAAAGCGUUUAUGGAAUUUGACUGAGGACAAUUUACGCUCCCUUUGUGAACAUCAUGGACAUGAUGGAUCUGAAGUUAAAGCAAUGGAUCACCGGUCGUUGCGGCGUAAAAUCAUGGAGGAAAUGUGGGACAAUACUGAUUCAAUGAAAUCAGAGGAGCAGGGAAUAACUUGGUUAGUCCAACUGAAAGAGGACAUCAGAAGGAUACAGGAGGAUGCUAGUGGUGCACCGUCGAGUCCCCUCCAGGCUGAGGAUGCUGUAGACUGUGAUGAAGAGUGGAGCGGAGAGGGAAGGGCUGGGUUACCUAGCAACGGGUUGGAGGCGGAGUCCAUGAGUCCCAGACAAUCCAAAGACGCUGCAGACUGCGACAUGGAGGACACAGAUUGGUUACCUAGCAACAGACUGGAGGCGGAGUUAUCUCCAGAAAGGCACACACUAGAGCAAAGAGUGAGAGGCGACACGUCUCUCCCGCCCCCCUCCACUCUCCCAAAGACCCUGUGUCGUGUCUCUCCCGGUAGCGCCUUAAUUUGGGGUCUGAAGAUGGUGUCUGUGCAGCUGAUGGACUGCAGGAAACCACCAGGGCAGAAAACCCGCAAGAAAACCCACUCCUAUGCUCAAGGCAGGAAGAGUCUUGCCACAAAAGACAUUCUGGAGCGACAUCUGCUAACUCACACUGGAGAGAAACAGAAAAAUAUAUGCGCUGAAUGUGGUGAAUUAUUCAGUACAUUUUCCAGCCUUACCAGGCAUCUGCUAACUCAUACUGGAGAGAAAUGUCAUGUUUCUGAAACCACAUGCUCUGAAUGCGGAAAGACAUUCAGUACACAUUCCAGUCUUAAGAGACAUCUGCUAACUCACACUGGAGAGAAACCGUACAUUUGCCCUCGUUGUGGGAAGAGUUUCAAUGAUCCAGGAAACUUAAAGAAACACAUCUUUAGAACUCACUCAGGAGAACAUUUUGAAGAGGAACCCGCCGAAAACAAUGUUGGUUCCUCAGAACAUGAUGGGGCCGUGAAGAAACAAGUCCUUCAUCCAUGUGCUUACUGUGGUAAGAAGUUGUCAACCAAAACAAGACUAAAGAUUCACCUGAAGACCCACACUGGAGAGAAACCUCAUGUCUGCCCCGACUGCGGGAAGAGCUUUGCUUUCAGUCCCUCCUUGACCAAACAUCAGAAACUUAGUCAUUCAGAGCACGGAGGAGUGAAACGGCACGAAUGUUCAGUCUGUGGGAAAGUCUUUAAUCAACCAGGAGCCUUGAGGUCCCAUCAAAGAACCCACACUGGAGAGAAACCCCACCUCUGCUCCGACUGUGGGAAGAGUUUCUGUUUUCGUUCGUCUCUGAAAAGACAUCAGGUACUCCACGCAGGAGACAGAGCACACGUGGGGCUUCGCACUGUCUGUGGGAAAGGCUUCAGAGAUUCUGGAUACUUAAAAAAACACCAAUCUAUCCAUUCAGGAGAGAAACCUCACCUCUGCUCCAAUUGUGGAAAAACGUUCACGUCCUUCCUUAGCUUAACAAAUCAUUCCAAAUCACAUCGUCUAGAUGGAAACCAAUUCCAAUGACCUGAAUGUAAGCGCCAUUUCCCAACAAAGGAAAGGCUGUCAAGCCACCAGAGGACGCAUACUGGUGAAAAACCUUUCUGCUGCUCCCAAUGCCACAAGCGCUUCUCUCAUUCAAAUAGUUAUCAAAGGCAUCUUUGUAUGCACUCCGGUGAGAAACCCUUUGUGUGUCCUCUCUGUGGGAAGCGAUUUAACGACUCUUCGAACCUUAGAACACAUGUUAGAAGACAUAAAGGAGAAAAGGUAGGAAAGACACAGGUCUCUGAGCCAUGCCCUCACUGUGGGAAGAGGCUGGCUUCUAAGGCAGGGUUAGAGACUCACCUGCGGAGCCACACUGGAGAGAAACCUCACCUCUGCGCCAACUGCGGCAAGAGCUUCGGCUUCCACUCCGCCUUGAGAAGACAUCAGAAAACGCAGCACAGAGAGCAAGUAGCAAAGCCGCACGUCUGUUCUGUCUGUGGGAAAGGCUUUGUGGAGUCUGGAGCGCUGAAGAAACAUGUGGUGACCCACGAGGAGAAACAGCACCUUUGCUCCGAUUGCGGGAAGAGUUUCAGGGUGCUUCAUGCCUUGUCGAUUCAUCAGAGAAGCAAGCAUCAGAAAACAAAUGAGCAAGUAAGAGAGAACAAUUCGUACCUCUGCCUUACUUGCGGCCAGGAAUUCAAUUCAAAGCAUAGAUUGGUAAUCCACGAGAGAAAGCACACAUGAGAGAAACCUUACCAAUGCUCCCAGUGUGGCAGGUGCUUCGCUGAUAAGACUAACAUGAGGCGUCACCAGACGGUGCACACAGGAGAGAAACCAUUCCAAUGCUCUGUCUGCGACAUGAAGUUCUCUCAAGUUGCCUGUUUAAUACGGCACCGGCUAAUACACUCAGGUCAGAAACCGCACCACUGCACUUACUGUGACAAGAGUUUCUCUCAGUCGAACACGCUGAAAACGCACAUACUAACCCACACCGGAGAGAAACCGUACCAGUGCCCCGACUGUGGGAAGGGUUUCACUGAAAAGAAAGCCAUUAAGAAACACCAACGCGACACACACGGGACAGGAGCACACAGCAAGACACUGCUUUUUCAUAGAGAUUGAGUCAAGACCAGAGCCCUCGAGCAAAGCCCUACCAAUGUCCUGACUGAAGAAAAUGUUUCUCGGAGAAAAGAGCUCUUGUGAAAAACCAGAAGCACACCGGAGAGACAGCGCCCCCUAUUGUUUCAUUUUGAUCUGAAGGUUUGAGAACGUUUUAAAAUAAACAUGUGCUUUUUAAAAUAAUGAUUUUUUUUCUCCACUUGGCCCCAAUUGUGAGUCUGGUUUGGAUACAGCCAUGAAUUUGAGCUCAGAACAUUUUCUGGUCUUGAAUGUGAUGUUUAUUUUUGUAUGUUUAGCUGUAUAAAUUAAUCCUCUGGAAGCUAAAGUGGUUUCAAGUAGAUAGAAACAUGGAUUUAUAUAUUGAUAUUUCAAUAAUACUAUUGCAUUCAUCUGCUGGUUUUGGCAAAUUGCUCAAUCAUAAACAUAAACAUUCUAAACAAACUAGUGAAAUCACCAGCAAACUGAACACUCCUUUCUGAGCGGUAUCAUCAUGACAUGGGCUAUUACCCAACGUGGGUAAAACAGGUCAUUUCAUUCAUGUGUACGUGUAUUAACUCAACAAUCAUCCUACUGAGUAAUGUUACCUUUUAUUCAGCGAUAAAGUGUAUCCAUGUCCUCUAUUAGGACAUCUUCAUUAGUUUUCUCAUCUCUCUCUUACCUCUUUACAUGUGAUAGGAAAGCAUCCAACAGGAAGAUGUGAUUACUGCCAGGAAACAGAGACAGUGGAGCAUGUGCAGAUACAGUGUGGUCAGUAGGAGAGAG